AUGAGUAAAGGAAGCAGCUUUAAGAUGGAUAACGAUUUCGAGAAGAGAAAAGCUGAGGCUGGAAGGAUCAGGGAGAAAUACCCUGACAGAAUUCCGGUGAUUGUGGAAAAGGCUGAGAAAAGUGAAAUCCCAAACAUUGACAAGAAAAAAUACCUUGUGCCAUCAGACCUAACAGUUGGUCAAUUUGUGUAUGUGAUUCGGAAGAGAAUCAAACUAAGUGCAGAGAAAGCUAUCUUCAUAUUCGUUGACAAUGUUCUUCCUCCUACUGGUGAGCUAAUGUCAAGCGUCUACGACGAUAAGAAAGACGAAGAUGGCUUCCUUUACAUUACUUACAGCGGCGAAAACACAUUUGGUGCUUCUUCUAUCUGA